CUUCUUCUUCUUCUUCUUCUUUCUUUUCUUUUUCUUCUGUCCUCGUCGUGGUUGUUGUUGUUGUUGGUCUAUAAGCAAACAGUUUUCUUGUUCCAAGGUCUAAAAGAAGAGAGGCUGUAAUCUACAAACACCAACACACAUCUCUCGCUCUCUCUCUCUUCGCGGUCCCUGAUUAUUUCUUGUCUGUCCGUCAAUCUAGCCAGCAUACAAACACACACACACACAUACUUUCUUCCUUCCUCUUCUCCAAGCAUAUGAGACACGGACAGUAAUCGAUGAGCGCUCCAGACAGCACCGGAGCUCGGCCCUCAGGUGGCACGGUCCAGCUUCCAGCCAAGAAGGAAAUGAAGGACAAGUCCAGCGGCAUGUCAGUCAAAGAGCUGCUCAUGGCCUGCCUCUGCAUCGACGGCGGUGGCGCCGGUCGUCAUUGGGAAAGACCAUCACUUUCGCCACCACCUGCUCCACCCCCAAGCCGUGCCAAUUCAGGCACUACCAGCAGAAGAGGAGCAGUGCAUCCUCGUCCAAGACAACUCUCUUCAUAUGAGCUACGACAGAGAAUGGCACGACGACCUGGAGAGGAGAGACUGCCACGUCACCACACUGCUCUUCCCACCAGUAAUUCUGCUGCGCGUCGUCGGCAAUUCCAUCCCAUCGUCACGGACAGCCCCACUGCACGCAUUGUCCAGCCAGAGAGCUCGAUUGCAAAACCGCAACGAGAAAUUGAAGCGGAGAACCUCGCUAAUCGGGCCCAGGACAAGUUGCACCUUGAGAAGAUACGGCAAGCGCAACAUCGCGGCAAGGAGCCAGAAAGUCCCAAGGCCAUUCCAGCCGUUGCGGGAGAUCUGGGUGAUAUUGGAACAUCAUCUCUUCCCAUGAACUUUAGCCCUCGUGAACGCCAGCCCACAGUAGCAGAUCUCAGCGGGGGCAACAGGCGUGGUACUGGUGGUGUUGCAGAGGUGAGUACACCCUAGCCUUGUCUUCGCCAUCACCACCGAGGGGAGCCCCGAGCCAGGUUCUGAGGGCUCAAGGUUGUGUUGAGGCUGCUCAGAGACGGACUGAAGCGACAGGAGUUCUCGCAGUGUCUUUCCCAGUGGCAUAUCCGUUGAGAUUUGUCCAAACAGGCUACAGGCUUGCAGCAUUGGCGUACUCUCUCGCACCGCAUAGCUUUCUAGCAGUAGCUCUUGCAAUCAGCAUACCGUCUGUCUUCAUGCAAACUUGUCAUGCUUUCCCUUUACUUUCACAUCCAGCAUCACCUCGUGAUAAUUGCCUUCUCUCCUCGCCUUCUUCAACUUCUUCACCUCAUCGUCAUCCAACCUCCUGCCCACCUCUGCCUCCAAUUCCUUUCGACUGAUCUUCGCUCGCACCUUCUCGGCCUUUUCCGUCUUGAGCUUCGGCUUGAAGCGCGCCUGCAUGCGGAUGCGAAUACACGUCGUCUCAUCCGCAGCCUCCGCAUCUCCCCUCACCUCAGCAGGGUCCUUAUCGCCGUCCACCGACAGAUACGUCUUUCGCAUCAUCGUCUGUAUCUCAAACUGGCUCGAUUUCCCCUCGGCGGGAACCACUUUGAACGUCUCUUCCGGCGAGACUGCUUCUCGCGUAGAUGACAAGAUGCCAUAUUGGUCGCAACCGAGAUACUUGCCAUGAUGUCCCUUGAAGGUGAAGGUAUUCUCGUUGCCCACAAUCUUCUGUGCAACCCAUACCUGGCGCACGUCGUGUGGUUCCGCCGAGUGCGGCUCGUUCUCGACCAUGUUUUCGAUUUUGCUCGUGAAGACGCGUCCCAGCUGGUCGACUGCAACACACGCCACGGGUUCGCUGGGUAAGACAAGGAUGACAGGGCCGGCGAUGUCGUCGAUGGCGUCUGCAGAGACCCAGUUCUCGUCGUCCUCGGCCUCGGGUUGUUGAUGAGCAGACACGAGCUGCUUGGAGGCUGGCGGCGCAUGCUCGUUCUCGUCGUGGGCGUCGUCGGCUUCUUUCUCUGCUCGCUUGCGCUUCUUGGUUGGCUUCUUAUCGCCUUUGAAGCUGAGAGCUUUUACCAUAUUUGGUAUAUGGAGGAUGUUGUUGCUGGACACUUGAC